CUUAACAUUCAGUUCCGCGACGUCUAUUUUUAUUGGUUUUUGUUAUUAACAGCUGUACAAUUAAUUAGAGAUAUAAGUUAGAAAACAUCUGUAACCGAGACAUUGUGAUAAUAAAAAUACAAAUUUCCGGUAACUGUUAACAUGAAUUAUCGUGUACUGUGCCACAAACGAUUGCUGCAGUCAUUUGGUUACACUUCUUCCCGUCUUUGGAUUCAAAAUUUUCAAACUAAAUUGAAAUACCCUUGGAACGGACAACUGUGUCUGUUAAACGAUUCGUCAAUUAAUCAGCGCUGCUAUUCCACCAAAGAAAAAUUCGAUGAAAUUUACACGAAAACGAAGCAGAAAUUCUUGUCGAAAAAACUUCCACAAGACGUCGAUUUGACGAGUGUGUUUGCGUGCAACGAAUUAGAUCUUGACGAAAUCAGUGUCUACGGCUUCGACUAUGACUACACACUAGCUUGCUACAAACAGUCGCUGCACUAUUUACUGUACAAUCUUGGCCGUGACAUAUUGGUCCAGAACUACAAAUAUCCCAAAGAAAUUCUCAAUCUCGACUACCUGCCCGGAUUUGCGGUUCGUGGCCUCCAUUAUGACAUCGAAAAAGGGCUGCUGCUCAAAUUGGACUCAUUUCUUCAAAUCCAAUUCGAUACGGUGUAUCGUGGUCUGACACCUGUCAGUGAAGCUGAGGUGUUGCAACUGUACAAGAAUCGCAUCAUACCGAUCGCGUAUGUCGAAGGGAAAAAGGGUCAACAUGAUCUGCGUGGUAGUGCGAAAAUGGUUCAGUUGGCCGAUCUGUUUUCCGUGCCCGAAAUGACACUGUUAUGCAACGUGGCCGAGUUUUUCAUUCAGAACGGCAAGAGCUACCAUCCGGAAAUUCUGUUUCGUGACAUAAAGAAGUCGAUCAGUGCCAGCCAUCCGAUAAUGCACAGUUACGUGACGAAAGAUGUGGGGAAGUACAUCGACACGAAUGUCAAUUUGAGACAGUACUUCAAGAAAUUGGUGGAGGCUAAGAAGCAGCUGUUUUUGGUCACCAACAGUCCGUACUAUUUCGUCAACAAGGGAAUGGAAAUGCUGGCUGGCGAUGAUUGGCAACGGUUUUUCGAUGUUGUUAUUGUGAACGCUAGGAAGCCUCGAUUUUUUACCGAUCUGUCUCGACCAAUACGAGAAUUCGAUGUAACGACGAACACUCACCUUUGGGAUCGCGUUGUAGCUUUAGAUAAAGGAAAAAUUUAUUAUGAGGGAACCCUGAAACAACUUCUCGAUCUGACCAAAUGGAGCGGCGAAAAUGUGCUGUAUUUCGGCGACCAUCCGUACAGUGAUCUAGCUGAUGUUACUCUGGAACAUGGCUGGAGGACAGGUGCAAUCAUUUCGGAACUGACUCACGAAAUCAACACGCUCAACAACGAAGAGUUCAAGGCGAACGCGAACUGGCUGCAGAUGUUAACUCAAAUGAUUGAAGACCAUCAAGAUAACGAGUCCGAGGCAGCGAGAAGUGCAGUGAGAGCUUGGCAUGACGAACGCGAUGCUUUGAGGCACCAGACGAAGUGCGUGUUCAACCAACAGUUUGGUAGUGUGUUCCGGACGUAUCACAAUCCGACGUAUUUCUCCCGCCGUUUGUUUCGAUUCGCCGACAUCUACACCAGCAACAUAACGAAUUUAUUGAAAUAUUCCGUGUCGCAUACGUUCUAUCCACGGCGCGGUGUUAUGCCACAUGAGUACACUUCGUACUUUAUGUAAAAUGUCCUACGGUUCGAUUGGUUGUACAGAAUCCAGCACUAUAAUAUCUAGGGAUUCGACGAUGUCGGUAGGUAGGUUCCGUUGUAAUUUUAUGAGUCAAUUAGCUAUGCUUCACGAAAAAAAAACUGGAUCGGGAACUCAUCGCCAUUUUAGUCAUUAGUUUUUAGGCGCACGAAUUUUAUUGUACACACUAGUCAGGGUUGCACCUCAAGAACAGUCAGUGUUACACGAUUUACUUGUCUUGCACCGUAAAAGGGAUGGUCAACGUUCAUUUUAUACUGGUAACUAACAGUAUUCUCCAGCAACCAGCACUGGCAUAACGUAUUCAUCAAGAAUUCACAGAAGAAAACCCUGUUUUGGCGACACUCGAAGGUGCACUUUAAAACAUAGUAUCGGAAUCUCGUUCAUUUUAACCCAAAGUCGUUCCUUUCUGUCGAAAAAUUUAAAUUUUGAAUUCGAACCAAGAGUUUUAUUAGUGUUGACUACCCUACAAACGGGCCAAUCUUAUUAAACGAUUUACCGUCUUUGAUGAAAGUUAGGCAUCAUGUACCUCAGUCGAUUCGAUAAAAAGUUUAAAAUCCUUUACGCUGAAGCAUAGUUAAUUGAAAUUCACCCAACAAAACACAUAAAAUGUAGAAAUUGUAGAUAAAAAAUACGAAAUAUCUGUAAACCGGUCAGGGCUCAUCCUAGAUGAAGUAGUAGAUUGUUAAAUGCCUCGACUAUAAAAUUAAUUAUAUUAAGUACGUAACGCUGUUUUGUGUCAUAUUUCAUGCCAAAAAUUUGUUUUAAAUUUGGAUUUUUAAUGUUUAAAAAGCUCAAAGGAGCAACUACGCUUUUGGAAUCGACCGGAAAGAAAAAAAUUUUACAAAUAAAUUGAAUUUUUCAAAUUUUGCUACCAUUGACUGAAAUCGUACCUACUUUUUGAAAUUAUACAAAUUUUUAAGGUAGGAAUUGAGUGCUAGUCAUCUGAUAUCGACCGCUACAAUAAACAUAACAAGCGACCUGCGGUUAAUGUGAAAUUUCGUAUAGCAAAAUUAAUGUUGAAAUAGAUGAAGUAAUAGAAUUGGUCAAUUCAAACAAUAUAAAUGACGGAGUAUUACGCAUAGAAACUAACAGACUCGAGUUCCACUGGUGAGGCGAUAUGUUUCAACUAACUUUGUUGACUGUAGAUCUAUGAUCCAAUUCGCUUUAUUAGAUCCACACGCAUUACCAACGUGGAUAUCGCAUGUGUGGAUUGUAAUGUGACGACUUUAUUUUCUUCCACUUUAGCUUCAACAUACAUUUUGCUAUAUAGGACAACAUUACCCAGAAUCAUCGCUUUCUUUCCUUGUUGCUUAAACAAAUUUCAUAACUUCUAGAAGAAAUUUUUUUUUCGAAAAUUGACUACCCCAAUUCAUGGCAAAUUUGGGGACGAAUAUUCGUCUCGUCGCAUCAAUUCCUACCGUAGAUGUUGAGAAAAUUAUUGUUUUUUUUCGAUAAAUUUUAGAAACGAAUAAGAAAAUGAGCGAGAAAAAAGAGAUUUUUUUUAGAGAAAUUAUUAGAAAAUUUGACAAUAAAUGACGAUUGUGUGAAAGUAAAUUAAGACAAAGAGACACUGUUACCGUUUAAGAUUUACCAAUUAUUACAAAUAUGUGUUCAAAAUUGUGAAUCUUAUCAUUUCUCGUACCUGCUUUAAUAUGUUAAACAUUUUGUUUUGUUUGUUUUUGGGUGAAGAAAACCAAAAGUUUUUUUUUUUCUUUAUUUCUGAGCGUUAAUUUAAUUGCACUUUUGUUUAGCACAAUUAUUAAAUAUAUUUUUAAAGAGAGAAUUACAAUAUCAAUGUUUUCCGAAU